AUGGCGUCAAAGGAAGAACACAGCUCUUCUCGUCGACACCGCGAUAGAAACGACGAUUCAUCCCGCCGCGACCGAGAUAGGGACCGAGAAAGACGUAGAGAUCGCGAGCGACGACGAUCGAGAACCCCAGAAGAGUCGUCUCGGCGGCACCGCAACCGCGAUGAGGAUCAAGACGAGAGGAGGCGUCGACACAGAGACCGCAGUGGUGAUCGCGAGAGAAGACGACGAUUUUCGCCUGAAGAAUCAGAUACCCAUCGGCGCUCACGCCGACAUCGGUCGAGAGAUGAUGAUUCGGAGCGCGACAGUCGCGCGUUGGCCCGUCGUCGAGAAAGCCCUGUGAGGAGGUCGGGACCACUGCCCUCCCAAGAAGCCUCAUUUGCCGUUACCACGCAAGAAGGCGGAGACCCGGAAAAGCCAAAAGAGAAGCCAAACAUAGGAAACACUGGCCGGUUGGCUGCACUGUCCAACUCCGUUGCCCAGGCGGACGGCACAUCGAUCGUACUCAAGUACCAUGAGCCCGCAGAGGCGCGAAAGCCACCCCCACGCGACCAGUGGAAGCUCUUUGUGUUCAAGGGCGGUGAUAUAAUUGACACCAUCGAGCUCAGCGCGAGGAGCUGCUGGCUGGUCGGGAGGGAAAUGGCCGUUGUCGACAUCGCCGCGGAACACCCGAGCAUUAGCAAACAACAUGCCGUGAUACAGUUCCGCUACACCGAGAAAAGAAACGAGUUUGGCGAUAAGAUUGGCAAAGUGAAGCCUUAUUUGAUUGAUCUGGAGAGCGCCAAUGGGACUACUCUAAAUGACGGGAAAGUGCCUGAUAGCAGGUAUCUCGAACUUAGGGACAAGGAUAUGAUCUUGUUUGGACACAGCACGCGGGAAUAUGUCGUCAUGCUAGCUCCAAAGGACUAG